AUGGCCUCCUCAUUGACAGUGGAAGAGCUUCGUUCUCGACUGCACGAUCUCGGACUCGAUACCAAGGGCAAGAAAGCCGAUCUCAAGCUGCGGCUAAGGAAGGCGAUACGAAACGGUAGCUCAAGCCCUCCCAAUGCUGCAGAUGCUGCCACCGACGCAGAUACGACAUGGGAACCCGAAUUCGAUACGUUUCUGGUGCUCGACGUAGAGGCCACGUGCGAAGCCACGCGCAAGUACCGCAACCUACAACACGGAUACGAAACAGGCUGCUUCCAAUAUCCGAAUGAGAUCAUCGAGUUCCCCGUCGUGCUGCUCAGAUGGAAUGAGGACUCGCAUCAACUUGACACCGUCGACGUCUUUCAUUCGUACGUUCGGCCCACAUUCCGACCGCGCCUCACCAAGUUCUGUCGAGACUUGACAGGUGUCACGCAAUCACAGGUGGACACUGCACCGCUCUGGAACGACGUCGUCAUGAACUUCUUCCACUUCUUACAAUCGCACAACCUGGUCGAAGACACCUCCUCCGGCAAAUCGCACCUGCACAACUUUCGUUUGCGGCGUGGCAUCGCUUGGAUCAACCACGGACCCGCCGAUCUGCGCGACUUCGUCAUCAAGCAAUCCUGGAUCUCUGGCCGUCCCGCAGACAGAGAUCACGGUGCACCGCCCAUCUUCCUCCGCGGACCACUGGUGGAUAUCCGCAAAGGCAUAGCUAGCUUGUUCAAAUGGGAACAGGAGCUGAAAGUCGAACAGAGUCGAAGCAAUCCGCGCUCGACAACACUAGGGUUUGGAGGCGAGGACGGGUUUCAAGUCAUCCCUCCACAUGUCGGUGCUGCUUCAAGUGUGAAGGAGGAUGCGAGGACAAGUGGACUCUCUCCUCACGAGCAGAGUCUAGCGGGCCUGCUCGAGCUGUUGGACAUCGGACCUUUCCAAGGCAGACAGCAUUGUGGCUUGGACGACACCAAGAAUAUCGCUCGACUCGUGGUGGAGGUGGCGAGGAGGAUAUCGUUGGCUGCCAAAGGAAAGCAGGUGCUGCUGAGUAAGAAUUACGAGAGUGUUGAUGGUCAGAUGGAGUCUUCAGCGGCAGUGAUGGAAUUGGACGCAAGAUUGGGGCUGGCGAGGGCGAGACAGAUGGAGAAGCUCGUACUGAAGCCGAAUGUGAGGUUGGAUGGGUUUCACAAGAGGUUCUUCUGGAUGGGGAAGGUGAUUGGUGAGGUCAAAUGGCCUUUCCCGCCGGAAAUUGAGGCGGAAGAUCAUGGCUCGUGA